AUGGCAUUUCUUGUUCAAUAUGUAGUAAUACGUGGUGAUAUUCUUAAAGAUUUAAAAUGGCCGGUGGGAGCUUUAAUUACACAAGCAUGCCAUGCAGUUGCUGCUGUUACACAUUUGUAUUAUAACGAUGAAGACACACAACUCUAUUUUAAAGACUUGGAUAACAUGCAUAAAGUAGUAUUAGAAGCGCCAGAUGAACAGAGCCUUAUUCAUUUGAAGACCAAACUUGAAGAAAAUGCAAUUAAACAUAAAUUAUGGAUUGAACAGCCUGAGAACAUACCUACUUGUUUAGCGGUUAAACCAUAUCAAAAGGAAGAAAUUCAAAAAUAUUUUAAGAAAUUUAAAUUGUUUAAGGGUUAA